ACCUCGGCCUGCCUGGAUGACUGCAUGUCAUGUGAGCCUGCAGCAGAAAGACAGACCCAGAGACCGACAGACAGGCUAGGAGGCUAGCCUGGCUGGAGCUGUGUGGGUCCGACCGCAACACAGUGUCACAUACUGACACACACACACUGUCAUAUACACGACACACAGUCACACACACACACACGACACAGGAGUACCGUGCAUCUGCCAGACGCGGACACAGGAGAGGACAAUCGGAGCACUGAGUGAGCUGUGCCCCAGCUGCAUGCGUCCUAGCACAUGCAGGCAAUCAGCGGCUGCAGCCACCUAACCCAGCCUGGAGCCACCUAACCCAGCCUGGAGCCACCUAACCCAGCCUGGAGCCACCUAACCCAGCCUGGAGCCACCUAACCCAGCCUGGAGCCACCUAACCCAGCCUGGAGCCACCUAACCCAGCCAGGCAACAGCCAUGGACGCACUGGAGCAGGAAUACAAGUCACCGUUUGACUUUGAGCAGGGGGUGAAUAGCAGCUACCUCUAUCUGUCCCCCAGCUUCAAUGUAACACCACCGGGCUCACCGCACGUGACUGUCACAGCCAGAGGUGCUGUGAGACCAGACUCUAUCACAGAGGUAGGGGAGGAUGCAGUGAUGUCGGUGACCGUGCCCCCUUCCCUCCCCACCCUGACAGAGGAGGAACAGGAGGAACUACGAGAUGAACUGCUCAAGGUGGAGGAUGAGGUCGUGACUCUGUCUCAGGUGCUGGCAGCUAAGGAGAAGCAGGUGGCAGACCUCAAGAGGAAGCUGGGCAUCACUCCUCUCAACGAGCUCAAACAGAACAUCAGCAAGAGCUGGCAGGAGGUCACCACCUCUACUGCCUAUAAGAAGACGUCAGAGGGCCUGUCCGUAGCUGGUCAGAAGGCCACGGCAGCCUUCACCAGCGUGGGCUCGGCCAUCAGCAGGAAGUUUGAGGACGUCAGAUUGCAAUCUAUUUCCAAUGCUUUUGGCAUACGCUCCCUACAGCAUUCUGCUAGUAUGCCCGUGAUGAGGAACACACCCACCUUUAAGUCGUUUGAGGAGAAAGUCGAGACUUUAAAGGUAAAAGAUGAGAAGAGGAGUCAAGAUGAGCCCGACGGCAUCUCAGGGUGACUUUGGCGAUGUGUUGACCUCUACAGCGACCUCUGACCCUACUGUUCCCGUGGAGAAACGGCCAGAGGCCACGCCCAUCGCCACCCAGGAAGAACAGCCCCACUGAGACCAGCCUGACCUUUCACCCCUGACCCCUAGCCAGGCUGACAUUCACUAGAACCAUACCCUCUUUCCCCUUCUGUCUCCUCUUUCUGUUCUCUCACCUCCUCCCUUCUUCAGCUCCCUCUUUACAACCCUAUAGCACAAAACAACCAAAAAAGAAAAAUGUUUUUAAAUUUAAAAACAAUGAAAUUAUGACAAUAUUGUUGUGACACCGUAACACUUGUAUGUUUGUACGACUGUAUGUUUCUAUUCUAAUGUCCAUGGUUUAGGAACCUGCACAAGUAGAAGAUUAUACAUUACACUUGCUGUGACAUACAGUUUCUCAUUAAGUGAAGUUGUGAUGGCACAAAACCAAUUGGUUCACACAGGCCCAUAUAUUUCCAUAUCUUUGAGUAAUAACAGGCAUUUGUUUUUUUCUUUUCAUGUACUCCAGUCACUGUAAUACCCUAGGAUGUCAUUUCUAUUCCAACACUGAAGAGGCUGUCUCUGUCAUGUAUUACUAUCACCAAUAGCACCAGUAAUGUGGUAUAGAGCACAGCUGAGUAGAGUUAAUACCAGAUCUGUGUAGCUCACACACUCUCACAGCUUAACCAUAUGGGGUUGGUCUAAAUCUGACCUCUGAGCAGUUCAUAGUGCUUAACUCUGAUAUCAGAGAGGGUGGGCCAAUGCAUCCAGAUCAGUGUGUAAUGAUAGUCGCAAAUGCAUGAUUGGUUAUAAUGGUGUCGGCUGGCCUUGACCCUCAGGUCAGUGCAAUUUACAUCACUCAAAGCCUCACAGCAUGGUGGGCCAAAGUCCGUAUUGGGGCACUUGUCUCACUGGCUUCUCUCUGCUUGGUUUGCUGAAACACAGCAGGAUAGUUACUGGAUGCUGUGUACUUCUCUACUGUUGAAUGAUAUAUGAAUGGUAGUUGUUUUUGUUAGUGAUUUUCAUUGUUUACCUUUUCAUAAAGAUGUGCAAUUUUCCUUAAAUUGGAAAUAUACUAUUCUUGACCUAGACUAAUAACUAGAUUUCCCGUGUUGGUAUUUUAAUUUCUCUACCGUGUAUGUGGUAUGCUAAUCCAUUUUUUCCAUUGACUUUCUAUGAGGGGAUGUUUUUCUCUUCUGAACAUCUUGAGGUAUAAAAGAGUGAGAUGCAGAAUCCCGUUGAAAAUGUUUACUCUUGACCACACUAGGAUGAUACAUACAGUGCCUAUAGAAAAUCUACACAUCCUUGAACGUUUAUCACCAGAAGUCUUUCUAAGAGGUUAAGUGUUCCUGAGUGGUCUAGUCUGUCCAGAAUUAAAUCUGCUUAAAAAAAAAUCAGAGGCAAGGUUUAGAUAUCGCUGUCCAUCAGUGAUCCCCAACCAAAUUUACUGAGCCUGACAAAAAAACGAUGGAUAUAUGUUUCCCUAAGAGUUGUGCCAACUUGGUUGAACCUUAAUGAAAAUGAUUCACAGAUGUAAUUGCUGCCAAAGGUGCAUCCACCAAGUUUUAACUCAGGAUAGAGAGACUUAUCCAAUUUAUAUUUCAGUUAUUUGUAAUUUUUGGGGGUAAAAUGUUCUAACUUUCAUUCACGUUGAAAAUGUGGAGUAGGUUGUGUCGAUCUGUAGGAAAAACAUUUCAGGGGGAGUGUAGACUUUCUAUAGGCACUGUACGUACAUUUUAGGACACUAGUGAAUAUUUGGUUUAAAUGCCAAAUGCAAGUCCUCCCCUACUGGAAGACGACUGGCCAUAUCAUGGCAUGGAUUCAUUGUGGAAAUGAAAAGUCCUGGUUCCACCAUUAAGAAUACAUUAUGGCUAAUAAAAUGUCUUCCAGAGAGAAGUUACUGUAGAUCCUUUGUCCCCAUUUAGCCCAUCUGCUAGGGUGGUAGGCUGUUGACUUUUCUGUUUAGUCAUGACCUAUUUCACAGAUGUACCUCUCAGGAAAGGUGCUUUCCCACCUCUUCAUUGUGGGCAGAAAUGUUUGUCAGAAACUCUGUGAUCAAAAGUCUUCUGGUAAACUGCCAGAGAGUAGACCUUCAGCAGCCACCCUGGCACUGGUCUGGUCUGUAAUUGGAAUGCUGACGUCUAAAAAAAAUAAAAUAAAGAGUCAAACUGG